AUGACGGAAAAUUUUCCAUUGUUAAAUGAAAUCGACAAUGAACUGAAUUCAGAUAAUAUUGACUGGAACAAAAAUGCUUUUCAAACACUACUCACAUCAAAUUUGCCGAUGACAACAGUUUAUUACUAUGCCAUCGAUGUUGGUCUUCGACGUCUGGAGAGCAGCUUAUACGAAGCAUAUUGGGAUGUGACAAUAGAUGCUUUAAACGAUUUAAGUCAAUUUCUAUUUCAUAUUCUAUCAACCGAUGAUAUCAAUUCAUAUUUAUACGAAGCCAAAUGUCAAUUACUCCUAUAUGCAUCGAUAGCGAUUAUCAAAUUACAUACAAUCAGACGACGUUCAAUAAAUGAAGCUCGAAUGGCUUGUGCGGCCAUGUCUUUAUUAUUACUCGAACAAAGUCAACCUUACGAACCACCAUCGAUCAAAAAUCAAUAUUCUUCAUGUAUGCGAUCAAUGCGUCUUCGCUAUUUCCGAAGAACAUUGAUGAUCGGUCAUUGGUUACCAACGUUGUCCCAGUCUCAAUUGAAUGGAAUACAAUUAAAUCACGAACGAUAUAUUGAAACAAUAACCGAAAAUCUAUUCACAUCUGUGUCUUUACGAGAUAAAAUCAAUGAAUUUAUCGAUGAUGUUUUAUUAAAAAGUGACAAUGAUGAAGAUGAUUUACAAGAUGCGAACGGUUUCGUAAUUAUUCGACGUUUUCCAAAAUACAACGAAAAAACGAUUGAAAAAUACAAUGAUCUAAUGCAUUUGGCCUUUGUUCAUACGUUAAAUCAAUUAAACAAAGAUCCUACUGAAAAACUGGUUUAUUGUGUUUGGAUUUUAUGUUGUAUGAUCGAAGUUGAUCGCUUAUCGUUAGGAGUUUUCAGUAAUUGUAUCAUUGGUGAACAUUUUCCCGUUGAACCGAUUGAUUUCGAACAAAAACCUAUUACAAUAGAAUCAUUAAAUGAACGCGAUAUCAUUGUUUUCCUUUUACUAUGUGCUCAACAAAAUCAUCACAAUCAUACCGAAAACUCAUUAUUGCAUCCAUAUUUGCUCUACUGUUCCUCCUGUCUGUGCACACAACAGCAGAAAACGUGGUGGCAAGCAGCAUUGCAACGAAUAUCUUCGUCAAAAUUCAUCGAUCAUCUGGCUACGAUUCGGCUCGAUGAAGAAAAAUGUUUGCAAUACCCACCAAAAAGUAUUUUGCUUCAAACCGCGAAAUAUCUUUUCAAAGCACACUCCAAUCACUCGGCAUCUUCAUAUGAACAAUACGCGAUCCAGUAUCUUCAAACAGCGAAAGCUAUCAAUAAGAAUCAUGAGGCGAUGAUUUUAUCUCAAACUUCGCAAACAAAAAACGACAAACUGUUUGUCUUUCGUUCAUGUCAAUUAUCGAUUGAUGAAAAUAAUGGGUCAAAUGAUAAAUUGAUUAAACAGUGUGAGAAACUUGCGCGACACUGCGAUGAACUGAAAUUGUUACCACAACCCGAAUUACCAAAGAUGUCGAGUCCAAUCGUUGAAUCUUUUUACGACGAAAAUGAAGAUGAAAAAUCAACGACUAUUAAAUCGAGUAUAUUUGUUACACCAACUGCUGAUAGAGCUGAUGGCGGCUCUGAUCAAACAUCCGAACAAAUCUUAUUACUGCCACCUCUCCCACUGAUUGAUUCAAUGCAAUCAAUUGCAGAAACGAACGAAACAUCAACAACAACAGCAGCAGCAGCAUCACCGCCAAUCGUCGAUGUACUUGUUUCACAUAUGAAUAGUGUUAAUCAAUGGAUUAAUCGGUUCUGCGUUGAUAACGACGGCAUUCAAAAUGACAUUCAAACGAUACGAGUAAUGAAGUUUAUUGCAAUUCAUGAUUAG